AUGCGUGGCAUUGUACAUGAUUAUUUGCCCCACGCCUCUCAGUGGGUCGACCCUCGCUCCAGCCAUGGAGGCAGGUUCAGAACACUCUCCAUUCAACGACCCAGUGUUCCGUCGAAUCAAAAAGUCGUCCUGACGGAUGACUCCCGCAUAGAUAUGCUUCAUCUUAGUGGCAGGAAGUAUGUUUCUAUUUGUCCCAUCAGCGUGUGGUCCAAUUUUACAGCAUCAGGCCUACGGGGGCCAUUUGACCUCUGCGUUUCGGAGUAUGGGAAGCGGGGCCGCCAAAGGGGGUAUGUAUGUUCCAUGGGCCGUUCCAUGCGGUCCUGGGCAUGGUAUGUAUCAAAAGCAUCAUCCACUAGGCUGCAGUCAUAUUUUGCUGGUGAUAGUCGGUGA